AUGCAGCUCAGGGACGAGUGCGGCUCCAGACCCCAGUUCAGCAGUCGUAUUGUUGGGGGUAAUGUCUCAGCACCGGGCCAGUUCCCCUGGCAGGUGAGCCUACACUUCCAGAGUGAACACUUGUGUGGAGGCUCUGUCGUAGCAGACAGCUGGAUACUGACAGCUGCACACUGCGUGUAUGGGUUUGCGUUCCCCUCACUGUGGGCAGUGCAUGUAGGGUUGACAGAGCAGCCGGUGAAUGGGGCUCAGGCUCUGGCAGUACAGAAGAUUAUUUACCAUGGCCGCUACCGGCCCAAAGCUCUAGACUAUGACAUCGCUCUGAUGAAGCUGGCUGAGCCACUCACCUUUAACGGUCUAGUGGAGCCCAUCUGCCUACCUAACUUUGGGGAGGACUUUGAGGAUGGGACCAUGUGUUGGAUCUCAGGCUGGGGGGCCACUUCAGAUGGGGGUGACGCUAGUGAUUCGUUGCUCUCUGCCCGGGUCCCACUCAUCUCCUCUAAGGCGUGCAGCACGCCAGGGGUCUACCAGGGCUACAUCUCCCCCGGGAUGAUCUGUGCAGGUUACCUGGAGGGAGGAACAGACUCCUGUCAGGGAGACAGCGGGGGACCUCUGGCAUGUGAGGACUCAGUGUGGAAACUGGUGGGGGCCACUAGCUGGGGCCAGGGCUGUGCUGAUAGGAACAAGCCUGGGGUGUACACCCGUGUCACCCAGUCCCUCAAGUGGAUCCACCAACAGAUGGAGAAAGAAGAGGAGCUGAACCCCUCGGAAGUUAGUACGGACAACUGAACUAGUAGAGAACUCUUUUUAUACAUGUUACUUCUAUCAAAAGUUUAUAAUCUUGUACAUUGCCUGGGACUUAAGAGUACUGCCAACGAACCAAAUGUUGAAUGUAUAGCACAGGCCAGGGUUGGAUGGCCUAACAGUGACAGCAGCCCUCACGGGACAGGCAAGGGCAAACCACCCCCCAGAACAAGACACAGUAACCUUAUAGACAUGUUGGAUGCUCAGAAAAGGCUAGAAAAGCAUCUGGAUCAGAGUACGGUAGAGUAUAGUACACUAAACCUUUGUCAGUUUGUAUCCUACAAAACAUGGCUACAACCAAGCACAAUGAAGGCAGUGGCACACUCAACAGUAGAGGUAAGGCAUUGUUUAUUCCAAAAUAAAAAGCUCGAAGGCAAACAGAGAAAAGUGAACAACAGUAGAUAACAAGUGACAGCGAUGGUAGAGAUGUGAGAGACAGAGUGUGCAGCUGAGUCCCACCUGAACCCGAGCCAGAAACACUCAGUGGGGAUGUAAGUGCAUCCCAGGUUGUCUGAAUGACAUCACAAGAUAAGAGGGAACAUUUGAUGGAAACUAUACAGUACAUUGGGGCAGCUUUUCCCAACAACAAAGGCCCUGACUUUGGCAAUGAUAUUAGAAUAGAAGAUGGAGAGUUCGGAAAACAUUCUUAAAACUGUCCCUAGAUCAGCCAGAGUACAAGUCCUCCAAUCCUUCUCAAACAGAGGACCAAUGUGCUGCCUGUGAGGUCUGAGGAUCCCAACUGCUCUCUCUCCACUUUUAAUACAAUCAUAUGUAUGUGUACAUAAAUAAAGAUUAACGUGUGCAAAAUAUCAUUUUUAGACUGUGAUCUACUUUGUACUGUAUCUAUGUAUUGUUGA